UAGUUUUUCAUUCUCACUCGCUCCCUCUCCGUAUAAAAUUCAGUUCAUGGUAUUGCUAAGUGUUAGUUAAGUUAUUGUAUUAUGCUAUGAUUUUAAUGUUUCGGAUACUCAUCACCUACUAAUGUCUCGGUGCUCGUUAUAUUUUUAUACCAACUCAAACUAUUUUUAACCUCGUUAUUACACCGGGAGAUAAUCCAACAUGUAUUUGUUGUGAUAGUGGAUAUCAGCAUUUCAAUUGAUUAUUGUUCAGUUUUGGGGAUAAAAAUCAUGAAAUAUAAAUAUUAUGAUUUCGGCGAAUAAUUCUACGGAUAUUGAAUAUAAGUUGGAUUUUAACCAUCAAUCUCUCUCGCAAGAGGUGUGUAUUUUCUUAGCUAUUGUGUUGAUAAUAGCCUUUUGUGUCGGAACUGUUGGCAACAUUAUAGUAUUCGCAUUAUAUCUGAGAUACAAGAGUCUCAGAACACCCUCCAAUCUAUUUGUGAUAAAUCUUACAAUAGCUGAUUUAUUGAUGUGUAUUAUUUGUCUCCCUAUGCUCAUCACCGAAUAUAUACGGAGUCAAGUUGUUGACAGUGCGUUUAUCGAGAAGUCUUGUCUCAUCAACACCUUCCUUGGAGCUUUCAUUGGGUUCUUGUCGAUAUGGUCGCUUGUGUGCCUGGCAUUUGAUAGAUGUAUAGUGAUAACACGGACCAUGCCAGUUCGACACUAUUCUAAUAAAUCUUUUUCCAUUUACGUGAUUAUAGGUCUUUGGGUAUUCUGUUUAAUCGCGGCUGCAAUUCCAUUUAGCGGUUACGGACGUUAUGUUUUAGAAGGUCAGACAACGUCAUGCGAAAGUAAAGAUACAUUUACUUUAACAUUCCAAAAUGUGUUUUAUAAUAUAAUGAUACAAGUGUUAUUUUUUGUUGUUCCUGUAAUAUGUAUAACAUAUUGCUACUUUGUAAUAUUUAUGAAAGUAAGAAACCACGAGAAAACAUAUUUUUCUGCUCGAAAAAGUGGACAGUUUGACGAAGUUUCUUUCAGGCGCAUGCGCAAAAACCGAACACUUGAAAAGAAAGAAAUGAAAACUGCAAGAGCCGGAAUUAUUCUUAUUUCGGUGUUCUGUUUUUCAUGGACACCUUUCAGUGUUGUGUCAUGGAUAGCUUUGUUUGGAAAUAGAGAUUCUUUAACGCCAAUAGCAGUAGCGUUACCUGCAAUAUUUGCCAAAAUAACAACAAUAUUAAACCCUCUUCUGUAUGCGUUGUUGCUACCAAGCUUCAAGUCAAAGUUAGCUUUAUUUUGCAAGAAUCAUUUCCAUUCACCACCUUCGUCUUUUGGAUCAAAUGACAGGUACAGAAACAUUCCAAGUACAUUUGGUAGUUCUAGUCAUCUACAACGAACAAAGACAAUGGUAGUUUUUGGCACCAGAGACAGAUCAGUUAUAACUGCUGUUUGAAAAAUAUUUAUUGUUUAUGCUCAUUAUUGCUUAAGUAAAUAAAUAAUAAAUUAUGA